AUGGUCCACAUUCUGACACUGCAGUAUCCUUUUCAGAAGGUGGCAUCACGGUUUCUGCAGAUCGAUCAGCAUUUUCAAAACAUAGCCAAUUCUACUCAGGUGACUGCGUUUCUCCUGCAGUUUUUUGCUGAGUCAUGGGAGCUCAGGCUCCUGCUCAGCAUGUUGCUCCUGCUGAUAUACCUGGCCACUAUGCUGGGAAACCUCCUCAUCAUCCUGGCCACCACCCUGGAUCAGAACCUGCACACGCCCAUGUACUUCUUCCUCAGGAAUCUGUCCAUCUUAGACAUGUGCUACAUUUCUGUCACUGUCCCCAAUGCCUGUGUCAACUCUCUCACUGACAACAGGGUCAUCUCUAUGUCAGGUUGUGCAACCCAGAUCUUUAUGUUCUUUUUUUGUGUAUGUGUGGAGAUUCUGUUUCUCACUGUAAUGGCUCACGACCGCUAUGUGGCCAUCUGCCAGCCCCUCCUCUACCCUGUGAUCAUGAGUCACCAAUUCAGUGUUCAGAUGACACUGGCUUCUGUACUUGGCAGUCUUGUCGUUGCAAGUGCACACACGAGCAGGACAUUCCAACUGUCCUUCUGUCAGUCUAACGUGGUCCCUCAGUUCUUCUGUGACAUCCCCUCUCUUUUGAAGCUCUCCUGCUCAGACACUUUUAGCAACAGACUCUUACUUCUUCUUACAGCCAUAGUAAUUAGUGGCAGCUGUUUUUUGUUCAUUGUCAUAUCAUAUAUUUACAUAUUUUCUACUGUGUUGAAAUUUCCAGUCAAAGAAGAGCGAGGAAAGGCCUUUUCCACCUGUGUCCCUCACAUUGCUGUGGUGUCUAUGUUUCUUAGUUCUGGUGCCUAUGUGUAUCUGAAACCUCCAGGAGUCUCUGAAGUGGUUCAGGACAUGGUUCUUUCUGUAUUUUAUGCCAUUGUUCCUCCAUUCUUAAAUCCUAUCAUCUAUAGUUUUAGGAACAAACAGAUAAAGGAAGUUGUGAGGAAAAUAAUGCUAAAAAGGUUACCUUUAAGAAAGUUAUAA